AGAACAUGCAUUCUACACGCUACCUCUGUCUUCACGGCGCUGGAACAAAUGCUGACAUUCUCCGUGCUCAGAUGGGCACCGUAUUGAGAGAAGUGUCGAAGGAAGGCAAAAUUGAAUUCGUCUUUCUCCAAGGCGAGAUCCCUUCUGAACCUCAUCCUGCCAUCGCAGACGUGUACGAGGGCCCUUUCUUCAACUGGUUCCCCUGGCCGCCCAAGCUUGGCCAAGAGCGCUACAAGCAAACUCUCCAGGACGCCUACGAUCUCAUCUAUGAGUUUGUCAACGAAGAGGGUCCUUUCGAUGGCAUCAUUGGCUUCUCUCAAGGCGCCACUCUGGCGUAUAUGUCGUUGCUGAAUCAUGCCAAACUCAAUCCUUACGAUGUGCCUCUUUUCAGCCGCGCCAUCUUCAUCUGUGGAAUGCCUCCGUUUAGGUUGACAGACGACUCGGAGAUAUUGCUGGAGACAGAUAUACAGACGCUCGACAUACCCGCCGUCCAUGUGAUGGGCGCGCAAGACGAGGUUCUGGAUCUCUCCAUGGCGCUGGCAGAAUUGACCAAUCCUGCCCUCUCGCUCAACAUCGUUCACACGAAGGGGCACGACAUCCCAAAGUCAAAAGAUUUUACUUCGCAAUUGGUCAAGGGAAUGGAACAGCUGGACAGAGCGGCUAAUGCAUUAAGCAUGUGAUUUGUUGACAAGAUGGCUGGGAAACACGCAGUGUAAACCGCUUAUCAUAGACCAAUUAACUUAUUGUUUUUGAG